GACACGAAUCCCUGCUAAGAUGCGACUGUGCAGUGAGCGCCAAGCCAGGCCCGGCGCAUGUCCGCCGACUUUGCCCCAUUUGAGCUGUUCGGAACGGGGUGGGUCCGGAGCACAACGCGCGCGGGUAGUGAUCGGAUACCGUAUUCAUCUUGUUCGAUUUCGGAACCGAUUUCUCGUUUACACGCCGGCGCUUGCGUGAUGAAAUACCAUUAAAUACCGCAACAGCUACGAUGGUACACUGUACGUUAGGAACCAACCUCUGUCCAACGCCAACAUGAUUCCUAUCAUUUGCCAGGUUGUCAACGCCGAUCACAAAGGUCUCGCCGGAAUGAGGGUAAAUUUGGAAUACUCAGGCGCUUAUCAGUUUUCCUCGUCUCUCGAAUCCUUCACCGGCCUUCAGGGUCUCACAUCCAGCUGGACGCCCCGCCAGGGCUACGGUGGCGGCACUUAUGGAUACGGCGGCUUCGCCGGUUGGAGUGCUAGCCCACGGAUCACCGUGAGCUUCAUGACCGAGCGCUUCUUCUGCAACCCAACACCUUGGUCGAACAUCCAGACCACCAUUGACACACAUGCGACUGGUUCUGCGAGUCACCACGUUCUCCUCCGGUUUAGUCGAGAUAGAACAAGCUAUCAAAUCGUGCAUACAUCCAGGCCCUUAACUCCGCUUGUUUAUGGAGAACGUCAGAUGCCUGAAGUCGACUGGAAUGCCGACCUUUGCAUUGAUCUGCCUGAGGCUUUGUCGCCGUCUUCUAAUGACACGGGACUACUAGAUACCCCGCCGUCAUUGAGUCUGCCGUCUCCUUUGCUCGCAUCAUUUGGCGAGCAUGAUAAUCUUAUGGAUGUCGAGCCCCGAUCUUUGAAGAGAAAGGCCUCGUUGACCGAGAGCGAGGGUCCUCCCAGAAAGAGACGUCUCCGUUCAUUUGCUUCUUAAUACCAGUCAGGUCGUGGUCAUGGUCUUCGGUUUUCAGACACAUUUGCCGUAAUAUGGAGUUACACUGGCUGCUCAAUUCAAUAAAUUGCCGCUUUGAUUUAGAUAGCAAAAUGAACUAAG